UCACCGAUUCAUCUUCCUCAAAUUAUAAGUAUUUUUUCUCUUUUUGAAAUUCUUCACCAAACAAUAUGGAUAACUCUCAAAAGAUGAGCUACCAUGCAGGAGAAGCCAAGGGUCAAGCCCAGGAGAAGGUGAGUAGCAUGAUGGACAAGGCAAGCGAUGUAGCUCAAUCAGCUAAGGAAACAGUGCAGGAAGCAGGACAACAAGUGAAGGCCAAAGUACAAGGAGCAACUGAUGCCGUCAAGGAUGCAAUUAAUAAAUAA